ACACUGCCUGUCUCCUUCCUAAAACCCUAAUCUUGAUAUCCUUCUUUCUCUCUCCUAAAACCCUAAACAUCCCCCCCCCACCCCUCACCCCAAAAAAAACGAUGGUUCGUGCAAAGAACAACCAGAACGACCAGCUGGGUUCUGAUCAGAACCAGAACUCGAAGCUUCGGUUCGAAGAUGCUGACGAAGACCAGGUUGCUGAGGAGGUCAUGACCUGCUCGAACGUCGACGAAGCCGUCCAGGAUGAAUCCAUGUGCGACGCCGGUGAGGACGCCGAUACCGAUGAUGUCAGUGAUGAUAAAACCAGCGCCGAUUACUACUUCGAUUCCUACUCUCAUUUCGGUAUUCAUGAAGAAAUGUUAAAGGAUGUUGUGAGAACCAAGACCUAUCAGAAUGUCAUUUACCAAAACAAGUUCCUGUUCAAGGACAAAAUUGUUCUUGAUGUUGGAGCUGGGACCGGAAUCCUGUCCCUGUUCUGUGCCAAAGCCGGGGCAAGACAUGUUUAUGCAGUUGAAUGUUCUCAAAUGGCUGAUAUGGCCAAGGAGAUUGUUAGAACGAACGGAUUCUCUGAUGUCAUAACGGUUUUGAAAGGAAAGAUCGAGGAGAUAGAACUGCCUACUCCUAAAGUGGAUGUGAUUAUCUCAGAAUGGAUGGGUUACUUUCUGGUGUUUGAAAAUAUGUUGGAUACUGUUUUGUAUGCUCGUGAUAAAUGGCUUGUUGAUGGUGGAAUUGUUCUUCCAGACAAAGCUUCUCUGCACCUUACAGCUAUAGAGGAUUCAGAAUAUAAGGAAGACAAAAUAGAGUUUUGGAACAAUGUGUAUGGUUUUGACAUGAAAUGCAUCAAGAAAAAGGCUAUGAUGGAACCUCUUGUUGAUACUGUUGACCAAAAUCAAAUUGUCACUGAUUCCAGGCUUCUGAAGACCAUGGAUAUAUCAAAGAUGUCUUCUGGAGAUGCUUCCUUCACAGCUCCAUUUAAGCUCGUUGCACAACGCAAUGACUAUGUCCAUGCACUUGUUGCCUACUUCGACGUUUCAUUCACCAAUUGUCACAAACUGAUGGGCUUCUCAACAGGGCCAAAAUCGAGGGCGACACACUGGAAACAGACAGUGUUGUACCUGGAAGACGUGCUCACCAUAUGCGAGGGUGAGACCAUCACUGGAAGCAUGACUGUAACCCCUAACAAGAAGAAUCCUCGUGACGUGGACAUUAAGCUCAACUAUUCUUUGGACGGUCGACACUGUAAGGUGUCAAGGACUCAAUUCUACAAAAUGCACUGAAGCUAAAAGCUUCAUUCAUGUCCACAAAUCCUCCAACCCUCAAUAUUUGCCAUUUUUCUAUGUUUCUUUCUUGGGUUUUGCUGAAAGACAUGGCUUUAAACUGAGUUAAUGAAAGAUUUCCUUUGUGUUUCC